CCUCCGAGCGGACCAAUUGGUUGCCUCGAGCGAGACGUUGGCGUUUGAAAUUAGCCAAUGGCAGUCACACGCUGGAGCUUCCUCUCCGCCUCUUCUCGCCCAGCCCGCGAGUACUGGGAGGAAAGCGAGGAGGUGGUGGCGGCGGCCAGCAGCGGCUAAGUUGCUUCGAGGGGGAGUCCAAGAUGACCGGUUCUAACGAGUUCAAACUGAACCAGCCACCCGAGGACGGCAUUUCCUCGGUGAAGUUCAGCCCCAACACCUCCCAGUUCCUCCUGGUCUCGUCCUGGGACACGUCGGUGCGCCUCUACGACGUGCCUGCCAACUCCAUGCGGCUCAAGUACCAGCACACCGGCGCCGUCCUGGACUGUGCCUUCUACGAUCCAACACAUGCUUGGAGUGGAGGAUUAGACCAUCAAUUGAAAAUGCAUGAUUUGAACACUGACCAAGAAAAUCUCGUCGGAACCCAUGAUGCCCCUAUCAGAUGUGUUGAAUAUUGCCCAGAAGUGAAUGUGAUGGUGACAGGGAGUUGGGAUCAGACAGUUAAACUGUGGGAUCCCAGAACUCCUUGUAAUGCAGGGACCUUCUCUCAGCCCGAAAAGGUGUACACCCUCUCAGUGUCUGGAGACCGGCUGAUUGUGGGAACUGCAGGCCGCAGAGUGCUGGUGUGGGACUUACGGAACAUGGGCUAUGUGCAGCAGCGCCGGGAGUCCAGCCUCAAGUACCAGACUCGCUGCAUCCGGGCAUUUCCCAACAAGCAGGGCUAUGUAUUAAGCUCCAUAGAAGGCCGAGUGGCAGUUGAGUACUUGGACCCAAGCCCUGAGGUGCAGAAAAAGAAGUACGCCUUCAAGUGUCACAGACUGAAGGAGAACAACAUUGAGCAGAUCUACCCGGUCAAUGCCAUUUCCUUUCACAACAUCCACAACACAUUUGCUACAGGUGGCUCUGAUGGAUUUGUAAACAUUUGGGACCCAUUUAACAAGAAGCGGCUGUGCCAGUUCCACCGGUACCCCACCAGCAUUGCGUCCCUGGCCUUCAGUAACGACGGGACCACGCUCGCAAUAGCAUCGUCGUAUAUGUAUGAAAUGGAUGACACAGAACAUCCCGAAGAUGGUAUCUUCAUUCGCCAAGUGACAGAUGCAGAAACAAAACCCAAGUCACCAUGUACUUGACAAGAUUUCAUUUACUUAAGUGCCAUGUUGAUGAUAAUAAAACAAUUCGUACUCCCCAAUGGUGGAUUUAUUACUAUUAACAAAGAAACCAGGGAAAUAUAUUAAUUUUAAUAUUAUAAGAACCUGAAAAUAAUGGAAAAGAGGUUUUUAUUGAUUUUUUUUUUUUUUUUAAUGAACACUCUUAAGUGCAUGAGAUGGUUGAUGGUUUGUUGCAUUAAAGGUAUUCUGGGCAAACGAAAUUGGAGGGCAGUGACCGCACUUUUGAGAAUCAGUUUUGACCUUGGUAAUUUUUGUUUCCACUGUGGAAAUACAUGUUUGUAAAUAAAUAUAGGUAAUAAAAAUCCUUUUGCAUUCUUUCUGGACCUUAAAUGGUGGAGGAACAGGCUCUUGAGCCAUUUGUUUCUUUUGCUGGUUGUAGUUACUAAUUCGAAAGCUGCUUCAGACCGCCUCAUGAGGAGGUUAAUCUACAAUUAAACAGUAUUUCCUCUUGGCCGCCCAUUAUGUUCCGAAGCAGAUGGGUCAUCGUUUCCUGGGCUGUUCCACAAAGCAAGGUUAAGGUUAGACUCCUGGGAAUCAGCUAGUUUUCAAUCUUAUUAGGGUGCAGAAGGAAAACUAAUAAGAAAACCUCCUAACUUCAUUUUGUGACUGUAAACAAUUAUUUAUUAGCAAACAAUUGAUCCCAGAAGGGCAAAUUGUUUGAGUCAGUAAUGAGCUGAGAAAAGACAGAGCAUAUCUGUGUAUUUGGAAAAAUGAUUGUAGCGUAAUUGUAGUACAUUUCGACAGGCAUCUUUUUGGACCUGUUUCUGUCUCUAAAUGAAUUUUUGGAAACAUUAACGAGGUUUACAUAUUUCUCUGACAUUUAUAUAGUUCUCAUGUCCAUUGCAGUUGCCCAGCCGCUGGUGAUUAAGGUUAAAAAGAAAAAAUUAUAGUGAGAAUGAGAUUCACUUUAAUGUAAUGCCCUGAAGCAGAACACGAACUUAGCUUGGUCUAUUCUAGCGAGUUCCAAAUAGUAUUUUUGUGGUCAGACUCCGGUGUUUUAUUUAUAUUAUUUGCAAAUGUGUGUUUUUGAAUGGGCCUUGGACCCUUACUGAAAUUUACACAUGACGUGUUUUUUUUUUUUUUUUUAAAUUCUUUUGAUACAGAGAAAGUCUUGCUUUUAUUUUGUAAGCAUUUCAGUGAAAACUUAGUGUUAAGUGUGAACCCAUCUUUUGAAAUGUAUUUUCUUCAUUGCAGGUCCACCUAAUCAUCUCGUGAAAGUGGUUUCUCUAUGGCAAGCUUUGUUUUGCUUCCUACAAAUACAUACUCAUCCCCUAAGGGAUGUGUUGUAGUCAUUGUGGACACCUUAUUUAGUAUGUGGAUUUCUCUGUUUUCUGUCUUAAAAAAACUUGUCCGUGUGCCCUUCCAUGCUGACUUUGUGUAGGAUGAGGAGUCUUUGUGUCCUUGGGUGAUAGUCCGAAGAAUUGUUUUUACCCCCAGAAAGCCCAGUUGCUGUUUCGGAGCAGCUUGAGCUCUUUUUGUAAAAUAAUCUAACCCUGUUAUUGCUGUGCUGUCUAAUAAAUCAGAGAUUCAGAACCCUUAAA